UACAGUGACGGUAUCAUGGCGCAGCAGAGGCCGAAGAUAUCAUGAGACAUCCCCGCAUUCAAACUUUAAUUACACCUCGACUUGUACGGUAUUAACCCGCUAUUCUCUCUAAAAUAAUCAACAUCUUUGGAGGCAAACACUGCAGGGAGAUUGUUUCCACACCUCGACUAUUUCCCUCCCUCUCAUCUCCCCUCUCUUCUUCAUCCAAGAGCAUAAAUCUCUGCACGCUAUUCUUGUGUCUGGCUGGUCAACACAUCGAUUAUUAAAUCAUCAUUCUGACCACAACCACCAGAGACUGAGACACCAGAGAGAGGAGCGAUGGAGAAGCCAGCGUUGCAGACCCAACCGUCCACCCUUCCUUUUUUCGACACGUCCCACGCCUUCAACCUGCUGCGGGGGAUCCAUGAACUCCGUGCAGAGCGAAAGUUUUUCGAUGUGACUUUGUGUGCUGAGGGCCGCGAGUUCCACUGCCACCGCACAGUGUUGGCCGCCGCCAGCACUUACUUCAGAGCGAUGUUCGCAGGAACUCUGAAGGAGAGCGCUAUGGACCGAGUCGUUCUUCACGAGGUGUCAGCGGAGCUCUUAGGUCUUCUGGUGGACUUCUGCUACACGGGGAGGGUCACCGUCACUCAGGAUAACGUGGACGUCCUGCUGAAGACGGCCGACCUGUUUCAGUUCCCCUCGGUCAAAGACGCCUGCUGUGCGUUCCUGGAGCAGCGGCUGGACGUCACCAACUGCUUAGACAUCCAGGACUUUGCCGAGGCGUUCGCCUGCAGAGAGUUGGCCACCAGCGCUCGCCGCUUUGGCCUCAAAAACAUAAUGGAGCUGGCCAAAGGGCUGGACUUUGAGCGGUUGCCUUGGAAGCGCCUCCUGGAGUUUAUGUCGGAUGAUGAGCUUUGCGUGAACAAGGAGGAGGCGGUGUAUCAGAUCGCGGUGCACUGGGUGAAGGCCGACAUGAAGCGGAGGCUGCACUACUGGCCCGAGCUGCUCCAGCAGAUCCGCCUGCCCUUCGUCCGGAGGUUCUUCCUGCUGGCCCACGUGGAGAGCGACCCGCUGGUCUACCUGUCGCCCACCUGCCUGCGCAUGGUGAACGAGGCUCGCAGCUUCCAGUCCUGCGAGUACGACCGCCACGACCGGCCCUGCCACAGGAUGCGACCGCGGGCGUCCACGGGGCUCGCAGAGAUCCUGGUGGUGGUGGGGGGGUGCGACCAGGACUGUGACGAGCUGGUCACGGUGGACUGCUACAACCCUCAGACCGGACAGUGGAGGUACCUGGCGGAGUUCCCCGACCACCUGGGAGGAGGCUACAGCAUAGCAGCCCUCGGAAACGAUAUGUAUGUCACAGGCGGCUCUGAUGGCUCGCGCCUCUACGACGGCGUGUGGCGCUACAAGUCGAGCGUGAACGAGUGGACGGAGGCGGCGCCCAUGCUGAAGCCGAGGGAGUACCACAGCUCGGUGGUGGUGAAGGGCCAGCUGUACGUGGUGGCGUCCGACAGCACGGAGCGCUACGACCACGCUCUGGACUGCUGGGAGGCCCUGCCCCCCAUGCUGCACCCCAUGGACAACUGCUCCACCACCACCUGCAGCGGGCGGCUGUACGCCAUCGGCUCGCUCACCGGGGACGAGUCCAUGGCCAUCCAGAGCUACGACGCUGAGUCCAACCGAUGGAAUCUGGUCAGCUGCGGACAGAUGCCCCCCUGGUCCUUCACUCCCAAAACUGUGACGCUCAAAAGCCUCAUCUACUUCAUCAGGGAUGACUCGGCCGAGGUGGAUGUUUAUAAUCCUCAAAAGAACGAGUGGGACAAAAUUAGUCCGAUGACCCAGGUCCAUGUAGGAGGCAGUGUGUCGGCGCUGGGCGGUAAACUGUACGUCUCCGGGGGUUACGACAACACGUUCGAGCUGUCGGACGUGGUGGAGACGUUCGACCCGACGACGCGCUGCUGGACCCCGGCCGGGCGCCUGCCGCAGCCCACCUUCUGGCACGGCAGCGUCAGCAUCUUCCGACAGUUCAUGCCGCAGGUCAGCAGCGCGUUCGCACCCGCCGAAAUCCCCGAGUCGAACGCCAUCCACCUGCACCGGCACCACCGGCACCUAGCGCUCCAAAACCUCAACAACAAUCUCAACCAGAACCAGAUCCAGGACGUGAACCCAGCGCACUGAUCGGACCCAGACCCCUGUUACAUUUAAAGACUGAUCCCCCCUCAUGUAGCAGCGCUGUGGGGUUUCUUAGACUUGUUUUGUCUCACUACGUUGAUACAAAAGUACUGUUGGCAGUUGCAUUGUGGGGAAUGUAGGCAACACAUUUGAGGGUAGAAGGAAAUCUUCAAUGCUAAACCAAUGUUCUCCUUUUACAAUUGGCCCGGAGCAAGAGCCAAAUAUUUGUUCAGAAACAGCAACGAUCAGUUUACAUUCCAAAAACGACAAUCACAAUUGAUACGUAUUACUAAACAGCCUUAUGGCUUCAAAUGAAGGGUUGAGAUAUAUUGUACUCAGACAUCUUUUGUCACUAUUGUAGGAUUUCAGGACGGCUGCAUUGUUUGAAUGAAUUGUAUCGGGUUGAUAUACCAUUGAGUGAUAUUUAGACAUCUCCUCCUGACCCUUGAACUAAGCUUUAUAACCAGAAGUAGAAUGUGCAUGAAGAAUUUUAUUUAAGAUUUGUAUUUUUUUGUGGUUUUGUAUUCAUGGAUAUAUUUGUGCUGUGGUUGCUUAGAUGUCCCCGCCUAUCAGUUGCAACAAGAAAAGUAACGCGUUAGUGAUGGGUGGUCGGUAACUGGAAGUGCAAAAGAAUCUCAAUUUGUUCUCAUGCAGUUUAGUUUCAUGUUUUUAUGGUUUUGUUUUCACACAAGUUUGUGAAUCACUUUUGUAAAUACAGUAUAUUCCUAACCUAGCGUACUGUGUUUGUAAAAUGUUUACAAUGUGGUUAGCAUAAAUUGAACUGCAGACAGGAGAGUUCAUUAGCCCAGUCACAUUCGAUUAGCUGUUAGCAUGUUGCUAAUAUAUUUCUUAUAAACAGUGGAUAGUAGUUGCAGCUGAGUGGGACAAUAUUUUUAUAAAAUGCAUUCACUUAUAAAGCUGUGUAUUUUAACAUAAAACAAUAA